AUGCAAGAAUCAGAAAACAAAACCACCAUUGAUGAAGAAAAUAAUCUUUUAUUAAAUAAAAAACGUAAAAAGAAUGAUGGUAAAAAAACAUCAGUAAAAAAAUUAAAUACUGAUAAAAACGAUAUUAAUGAACUUAAAAAAUCACUUGAUCGUUUAAUUGAAGAAAAGGAAGGAAAAAUAAAAGAUUUGGAAUCAAUAAUAACUGAAUUAAAUGAAAAAUGUAAAGAGAAAGAUGAUAAAAUAGAUAAUUUGGAAAAAAUAACUAAAGAUUUAAAUAAUGAUAAAAUUAUUAUUGAUUUACAAAAUGAAAUUACUAAAUUAAAAACUGAACAAGUUACUAUUAAUAAUUUUAGUACUCUUAAAAUCGGUAUAUUAGAAUAUAAUAUGAAAAAGAUUGUUGAUCACAUUCACACAACUGUUUAUAAUCUUAUUAAUAAUAUUGAUAAUGAUAUUAUUUCAUAUUAUUCAAAUAAUAAGAAUUCAAAUACUAUAGAUGAUUAUUUCACAUCAAUUUCGAUUAAUAAUGAUAAUUUAUUAAGUUUAGAUUUUGAUAAUAUUAAUAUAGAUAAUAAAUAA